UGUUGGGGCUGGGGGGAUGAGGAAUGGGCCCACCCGGUCCUGCCAGCGCCUCUAGCAGAUGCCCAACCAGGACAAGCCCUUCUCGGAGCUUCACUACGAGGUCUUGAGAGCGACUGUGGCAGAGGGUGGGGGUGAAGGGAGUAGAACUGGAAGGGGAGGACUUGGGUGGGCGGGGCCUGUGCCAACCCCACCCAGGGAGGCCCCUGACUGCCUCGCCUAUGCCGCAGCGCCCCCGCGAGGGCGGCCUCGCCUAAGGCCUGUGAUCCUUCGCUCCAAGACCCGGCUUUCCUCCAGAAUGAGCCAGGGUGGGGACCCCGGGCAUGAGAAGGCCCCCGACUGCACGUUCAGGUUAUGGCAGGGGACGAGGCCAUGGGUUGCUUGCCAGGCUCUCCAAGAGGGGCGGAGGAAUCGAACACAGGUCGACCACGUGAAAGGUGAACGCCCUACCACUGUGCUACGGCUCCAGUCCCGACCAAAAUUGGUUUCUGUGGAACAUCGUUUUGAAAGCUAGAGCGUCUCCUUUAGCAGGAGUGGAAAGAUGGCGCAUCCCCGAAUCUCACAGUACGUGCCCCCUAAUAUCAAUCCUGCCCAGGCUGCCAUUGCCUAUGGCCAUCGAGCCCUUCCCAAGCUGAAUGAGGAGCUACAGUCUGAGUAUCUACUGAUAAGGUGUAAAGCCCUCAUGGCUCUCUCUGACCUUGUGCAUGACCCUGAGAACGUCUUUGUGGCCAUCAACACAGGUUUCAUGAAGAAUCUGAAAAAAUUGCUGGAGGAUAUCAAUGACUUUGUGCGGUUAAAGACCACUGAGGUGCUUUACAUCAUGGCAUCACACAAUGUGGGCAGACAGAGUAUUUUGGAUCAAGAUGUGAUUCCUUCCCUUUCCUUCCUGAUGGAUGACCCUAGCCCCGACUGCCGGAAAAACCUGUUCAUGGUGUUCAAAUACCUGGCCCAGCUCCCUUCAGGGGCCCAAGGCAUUAUCAACAAUGGCCUGAUUCCCUCGCUCGUGUGGAAGCUGCAGCAGGAGAGCGAGGAGAACCAGGCCCUGCUCCUGGACACGCUGGCCUCCUGCCUGAUGGUGGACGCCACCGCGGCCCUGAACACCCAUGUGGUGAUCUUCCUGAAAGAGAAGCUCGACAGUCUCAACAGUAAGAUCCGUGUGAAAGCUGCCCGCACGCUUGCUGCCAUCAGCAUCCCUCUGGAGGGUAAAAAGCAAGUGUGUCAAUAUGAAGUCAUACCUAUCCUGGUGAAGCUGCUACAAGACCAAGUGAUGAAAGUGCAGGCCAAUGCCGCGGGGGUCCUCAUGUUUGCCACAGUGAUCACUGAAGGCAAGUAUGCAGCCCUGGACGCAAACGCCAUUUACCCACUCCUGAAUUUGUUGGACUCACCCUUGACCGAGGCGCGCCUGAAUGCUGUCAAGACCCUCACCAUGCUGGCUGAGGCCCCAGAGGGCCGGAAGAUCCUGCGGGACUCUCUGGCCACCUUCCGAACCUUGGAAUCAGAUGACAGUAUCUCUGUGAAGCGCGCAGCCAAGAUUGCCAUCAAGGUUAUUGAGUGGACACCCUGA